AUGGCCGCCUCCGCAUUACUCGCCGCCGUCCUCGCCCUCCAGCUCCUCCAUGCGGCCCGCGGCGAGAUCAAGACGACGCCGAUCGUGUCGGACUCGCGGCCCGUCAUCCUGUUCGAGGAGUUCGGCUUCAAGCCCGGCGGCGUCGCGCAGGUCAACGUGUCCGGCGUCUCAUGGAGCGUCCCCGAGGGCUCCCCGCCCCAGGCCGUCGACCCGGGGCUCAUGGGCUUCAUCCUCAUCUCCAACACCCUCUUCUUCAAGAUCACCAACGAGUCCGAGUACGCCGAGGAGACCGGCAGCUCCUUCUGCCCGCUCACCAGCGAGUACGUGAUGCCGCUCUUCCGGCUCAAGGACAUCGGGCGUGACGGCGCCGGCGGGGGUAACGUGACCAUCGGUGACGCCGACCAGUACACGGUGCUGUUCAGCAGCUGCCAGGACGGCGUCGAGAUCACCAUGGACGUGCGCACGGAGAUGUACAACAUGCCCGGCCCCGGCGGCGACAGGGAGUACCUGCCCGUCGGCCUGCUCCCGCUUCCGGGGAUCUUCGCCGCCUCGUCCGCGUUGUACUUCGCGUUCCUGGCGGCGUGGGUGUUCGUCUGCAUCAAGCAGCGGGCCACGGUCGAGCGGAUCCACGCUGUGAUGGGGGCGCUGCUGCUGUUCAAGGCCCUGAAGCUGGCGUGCGCCGCCGAGGACGCGUGGUACGUGGGGCGCACUGGCACGCCGCACGGCUGGGACGUCGCCUUCUAUGUCUUCGGCUUCUUCAAGGGCAUCCUCCUCUUCACGGUCAUCGUGCUCAUCGGCACCGGCUGGUCCUUCCUGAAGCCAUACCUCCAGGAGCGGGAGAAGAACGUGCUGAUGAUCAUCAUCCCGCUGCAAGUGAUCGAGAACAUCGCGUCGGCGAUGAUCGGGGAGACGGGGCCGGCGGGGCGGGACUGGCUGGCGUGGAACCAGAUCUUCCUGCUGGUGGACGUGGUCUGCUGCUGCGCGGUCUUCUUCCCCAUCAUCUGGUCCAUCCGCAACCUGCGGGAGGCCUCCAAGACGGACGGCAAGGCGGCCAGGAACCUCAAGAAGCUCACCCUCUUCAAGCAGUUCUACCUCGUCGUCGUCGGCUACCUCUACUUCACCCGCAUCGCCGUCUCGGCCUUCGCCGACGUGCUCAGCUACAAGUACCAGUGGGUGGUCAACGUCUCCGUCGAGCUCGCCAGCCUCGCCUUCUACGUCUUCGUCUUCUAUAACUUCCAGCCGGUGGAGAGGAACCCGUACCUCUACGUUGCGGACGAGGAGGAAGAGGCUGCCGGUGGGCAGCUCGAGCUAGAGGGGACGUUUGAGAUCUGA